AUGGUAGCCGAGCGAGUGGCAUUUAUUGCUCCCAAUCGUCCCGCACCCAAAGGCGAAGAGAUGGAGAAGUUUGGUCGUGCAGACAAAGUCACUCGUACUGCGACGUGGUUUCCGCGGAUCUCAUUGGGCGGAGACUACAUAUGUCACCUAUGCGAGCUUGCCGCCAUCUUGGCCCGCGAGUAUCCAUCGCCCCUCUCUGAUAAAGUCCUCGCCACUCUUUUCAAGGACCCAUCAGCCGCAGAACGCCUGGAGAUGUCUCCCAUCUAUCUUGCGGGCUGCAUACUCCUCGUCUCAAGUGGAGUGAUCCGGCAAUGGUGUUAUGACACUCUCGGGACAUUCUUCACCUUCCAGCUCGCGCUCUUCAAGGAGCACAAGCUCGUGACCUCCGGACCAUACGCCAUCGUGCGCCACCCCUCAUACACCUCCCUUGUCAUGGGAAGACUCGGUCUCGCUUUGGUGCAAGUCUUUCCCGGAUCGUACCUCUACGAGAGCGGCCUGCUGGAGACACGAUCGGUGGCUAUAUUAGUAGGGCUUUGGGAGCUAUGGAUCAUUGCGAUUGUGGUAGAAGUGAUUACUAGGAGGGUACCUAGGGAGGAUGGCGUACUUAGGCAGGAGUUUGGGAGACAGUGGGACGAGUGGGCGAAGACGACACCGUACAAGUUAAUUCCCUACGUCUACUAG